AGUGGCAUUAUUUUAUUACCAAGUCAAAUUUCCAUCCUAUUACUAAACCUGAGGUAACAAUCAUCAAAAAAAUCUCGUCUCGUUACACACUUUUGCACAUCCACCGUAACAAAAAAAACGAACAAAUCUGUGUCUUGUUUUAUUUUAUUUUAGUGGCACUGACUCUGCAGCCAGUACAGAACGGGGGCUUGUUUGUCUGCAUUUAGAUAGCAUUUUUUUAAAACGUGGUCAUUAUUAUUAUCGUUUUGUGGCUCAUUUGCAAGAGUAGUGCUAAUUUUUGAAACAGUUUGCGAAAAAUACAUAUUUUAAAUUAUACUUUAAAAUUUGUGACACAAAUUAUUGAAGAUAUAUUAGAUAGCAAAUUUUGUCUCAUUUGCGAAAACAGUGCAAAAAUUGUGUUCGCAAAUUUGUGUGUGAGACACAAAUUACAUAUGUGCAAAUUUGGCAGCAUCAAUAAAAUAAAAGCAAACUAAUUGCCACCGAGAAGGUGGAGACAAGCACGAUAAUUAAUUUAGCAUUGUUAUUCAUUCCAAGUUUAUUUAACCAACAAUGGAACAAUAAUAUGUAAUAAGUUGCAUUGUUUUUGUUCACUCGUACAAAAACGAAAGGUGAAGUUGUAUGGAUUCAAUUAUUAAAUACUUCUUAACCUGGUGCCAAUUUGAUAAAAAUCUUGACAAUACAACAGACCCGUCAGUGAUGGAAGUUUAUUAUGCAUUUUUGCGAGUUUUACUACCGUGAAUAAACUCCAGUCGUGUUGGUGAAGGCAUAAUGAUAAAAUUGCAAACAUUCAUUAACUGUGAUCUGUUUUUGUGGUUUAAUUAUUGAUUUUGCUCUCUGGCAGCAGGAAUAAAUUAAUUAUUACGAGUUAAUUAAUAGUUAAUUGCAUUCCUAAAUAUUUUAUUCGUCAUCAUCAUCUCGAUUGAGGUACAAUUGUCCCGAAAAUUGAGACAAUUUCGACAUAGUUGUGCUGACGAGUGCGUACUAAUCUGCCUAAUCCCGGCUUACGUACUACAUACCUGACGCCAAUUAAGACUAAAGUAAUUCACCCACGUAAAACAAGUUGAUAACAAAAUUGCCACCGAGAGUUAGUAACAAUUUAUUACCACAGGACGGUAACAAUAAUUUCUUCUGAUUUUCAAGUUUACAACCGCACUGGUAACUUCAAAGUAACCAAAACGCAAUAUAUCACAAAAGGAUUACGUCCCCUCGGUCCAUUUUGGACACGCAUUAUUAAAAAAGAUAAGCCUGCCUUAUCAAGCGUCCAAUAAGAGAGAUAAGGAUUCCUCCAUCCAUCCAAUAUUCACCUGGACAAAUCCAAUUCCAGACCACAUCAAGUCACAGAGUUUCCCAGUGACAAAAUCCAUAUCCACGUUAAAUAUUUUAAUUAUCGGAGAAGUUAACUAACUAAUUCCACCAACGUCACUUUUGCCCCGUGGAAUUUGUCAUGGCUUAAAAAAAGUACUGUCAGUGAUAUCAUUGUCAAACCAUUUGACACUGAAAAAAUGGACGAUAGCAUCUCUUGCCGAACUUAUCUUAUCGCAUUUCGCGACAUGUUGCAAUUAUUGAUGAAAUUAUAAACCAGCAGUUUUGGAAUUCGAUUCGAUUCGCACUUAACGGAGUUAAAAUUCAAUUUGUCAUUCAUCAAGGUCUCUUCUCCCGUACGUACUUUAUUAAUUUGCGAACAAUAGAGUGAAAGUUACGUAAAAAAUAAUAAAAUCAAAAUUUCGAAUUUUAUUUCGAAAUCGUAACCAUGUUUCGUAAAAACAAGCAUCAACAAAGCAACGGUAGUGCGCCGGUUCCACCCCCACGAGGAAAUACAAUGCCCCCGAAAGAACAGAAUGGAAAACCGACUCGGAAGGAUAAGUCCUUAUCGAAGGAAAAGCCGCCAGUCGAGAAUGAGGAUGGGAGUGAAAAAAUGGGGGGUGAAAGUAAGAUGGGUGUGUCCAAACCGAAAUUGAUCUUCCACUGUCAGCAAGCCCAUGGAUCCCCGACCGGACUAAUUUCAGAAUUUGGAAAUGUCAAACAGCUCUAUCAAAAAAUUUCGGAAUGUUACGACUUCAAUGUGGAUGAUAUCCUUUUUUGCACACUGAACACACACCGAGUCGAUAUGGACUGUCUCCUCAGCGCACAACUUUGUCUCGACGACUUUAUCUUUGUUCACAGAAAAGGUACGAAGAAGGAGGUGGAGGUGACCAAGACGGAGGAGGCGUUGGGGCUCACGAUCACAGACAACGGUACUGGCUACGCGUUCAUCAAAAGAAUCAAAGAAGGCUCCGUCAUCGACACCAUUAAAGCCAUCCAGGUGGGAGAUCACAUAGAAAAAAUUGGCGAUACUUCCCUCGUCGGCUGGCGUCACGUUGACGUCGCCAAAUACUUGAAGGAGAUUCAGGUCGGGGAGACGUUCACCCUCCGCCUUAUUUCCCCCCUCCAGGCAGGAUUCUCAAACAUCGGCCCCAAGUCGACCAAGAACGGAAUAAAGAGCAAGAGCUAUGGAAGUGGGAAAGAGACGCUUAGAUUCAAAAGCAAUGGAACAGCUUCCAUUGAACAAGCUCCUGACGACUAUACGCAAGAAGCCAUCAACCAGAUUAAUAAACUUCUGGAAAACUUUAUGGGAAUUAAUGAUUCCGAUCUAGCAUCGCAAAUCUGGGAUUUGGCGUCCACAAAUACGAACACGAUGGACCUCGCCGAAGCCAUCGACUCCUCCGACUUGGAAAGUUUCGGGUUUACGGACGACUUUAUCAUCGAGAUCUGGGGCAUUGUGUCGGACGCGAAGGCAGGACGUCUCACAAAAAGUCGUCUCCAAGAACCGGAAGAAGAUGACGAUGAAGACUUGUCCUACUUGAUGCGAGGCAAGAAGUAUACCAAUAAUAAUAACAAUAAUAAUGCCCGGGUAAAGUCUUAAGGUCAAGAGUUACGCGACAACUGUAGAAAUGUAAUUGUUAUAUCAGCUCGAUUAUCGAUAAAUUAGUUCUUCUUUCCGCUUUCAUGAUGUAAUAAUUAAACUAUGUACUAAACUGAUAAUGCGAUAAUCUUUAUUUUAGAGGAAAAUGUGACUCCUAAUUUUAUACGUCUAAACUUACUUAUUUGUCGAAAUAUUCACAAAUUGUGAAUCACAAUGAUUAAUAAACCAAUAAAUUAAAUUAAAGCCAAGAGA